AAGUGUGGCUGAGCUCCCGGGUGUGUGGCCGCCGCUUUGUUGCCCGAGGGGGGUGGCGGUGGAAGUUAGAAGGGUCGGGGGUCCGCGCCGGUGGCGGCCGCUCUAGUCGCUUCGCCCGGUACCCCUCUUCGCGCAGGAGUCCAGCCGAAGGCAGCCAUGAGCGGCGGCGUGUACGGGGGAGAUGAAGUUGGAGCCCUUGUUUUUGACAUUGGGUCCUAUACUGUGAGAGCUGGUUACGCUGGUGAGGACUGCCCCAAGGUGGAUUUCCCAACAGCUAUUGGUAUGGUAGUAGAAAGAGAUGAUGGAAGCACAUUGAUGGAAAUAGAUGGAGAUAAAGGCAAACAAGGCGGUCCUACGUACUACAUAGACACCAAUGCCCUGCGUGUUCCCAGGGAGAAUAUGGAGGCCAUUUCACCGUUAAAAAAUGGGAUGGUUGAAGAUUGGGAUAGUUUCCAGGCUAUUCUGGACCAUACCUAUAAAAUGCAUGUCAAAUCAGAGGCCAGCCUGCAUCCUGUUCUCAUGUCAGAAGCCCCGUGGAAUACUAGAGCGAAAAGAGAGAAACUGACAGAAUUAAUGUUUGAACACUACAACAUCCCUGCGUUCUUCCUUUGUAAAACUGCAGUUCUGACAGCAUUUGCUAAUGGUCGUUCUACUGGUCUGAUUUUGGACAGUGGAGCCACGCAUACCACUGCGAUUCCGGUGCACGAUGGCUAUGUCCUCCAGCAGGGUAUUGUAAAAUCCCCCCUUGCUGGAGACUUUAUUACUAUGCAAUGCAGAGAACUCUUCCAAGAAAUGAACAUAGAAUUGAUUCCCCCAUAUAUGAUUGCAUCCAAGGAAGCUGUGCGGGAAGGAUCUCCAGCAAACUGGAAAAGAAAAGAGAAACUGCCACAGGUUACGAGGUCGUGGCACAAUUACAUGUGUAAUUGUGUUAUCCAGGACUUUCAGGCUUCAGUACUUCAAGUGUCAGAUUCAACUUAUGAUGAACAAGUAGCUGCGCAAAUGCCAACUGUUCAUUAUGAGUUCCCCAAUGGCUACAACUGCGACUUUGGCGCUGAACGGCUGAAGAUUCCUGAAGGAUUAUUUGACCCUUCCAAUGUAAAAGGAUUAUCAGGAAAUACAAUGCUGGGAGUGAGUCACGUUGUUACCACAAGUGUUGGGAUGUGUGAUAUUGAUAUCAGACCAGGUCUCUAUGGCAGCGUGAUCGUGGCUGGAGGAAACACACUCAUACAGAGCUUCACUGAUAGGUUGAACAGAGAGCUGUCUCAGAAAACUCCUCCAAGUAUGCGGUUGAAAUUGAUUGCAAAUAACACGACGGUUGAACGGAGGUUUAGUUCAUGGAUUGGUGGUUCCAUUCUAGCCUCUUUGGGCACCUUCCAACAGAUGUGGAUUUCCAAGCAGGAGUAUGAAGAAGGAGGGAAGCAGUGUGUGGAAAGGAAAUGCCCUUGAGUUCCUGCACCUCCACCUUCCUGUGUCACCUUACGUCUCAUAGCUUUAGUCUACUCAGGAAAAGAAUGACCAUCUUUUGUAGAAUGUUUAUACAUUUUUGCAUAUUUCAAUUUCCACUUAAAUUUUUAAAGGCUUUAACUUGCUCUAUAAAUUAAAAUGAGUUUGUGCUUUCCUUGAAAUGUACUUAUUCUUAUUACAAGCAUUUUAUAAUUUUGUAUAAAUGUCUAUUUUCUCUAAAUAUUUUGCUUUUAGUAAAUGCUUUCCAACUCUGUUUAGUAUAUUAAUCACCAGUGGAUUGCUUUUUAUUGACUAGUAAAAGUUACUGCCUAUGCUUUUUACUUAGGCUUAUAAAAUUCAAUAAAAUUUACUACCCAUUCUAGAA